AUGGAAAAUUUGAAUAAUGUCACAGAAUUCAUUCUCUUAGGGCUGUCUCAGAAAAUGGAAAUAGAAGUCCUCUGCUUUUUACUCUUCGUAGUGUGCUACCUGGCCAUUUUGGUUGGAAACUUGCUCGUCAUGGUCUCCAUCACCUGCAGCCAGCUAAUUCACCAGCCUAUGUAUUUCUUCCUGAGUUACCUGUCCCUCUCAGACCUUUGCUACACAUCCACGGUGACUCCCAAGUUAAUCAUUGACCUCCUGGCAGAAAAGAAGACAAUUUCCUAUAACGGCUGCAUGACACAACUCUUCACCAUGCACUUCUUUGGGGGCAUUGAAGUCUUCAUCCUCACGGGGAUGGCCUAUGACCGCUACGUGGCCAUCUGCAAGCCCUUGCACUACACGGUCAUCAUGAGCAGGCCCAGGUGUGAGGCCAUGCUUGCUGCGUCCUGUGUUGGUGGCUUCCUGCAUUCCUUUGGUCAGUUUCUCCUGGCCGUCUUUCUACCCUACUGUGGCCCCAAUGAAAUCGAUCACUACUUCUGCGAUGUCUACCCUUUGCUAAAACUGGCUUGCACGGACACGAGGAAAAUUGGACUCCUGGUCAUUGCUAAUUCUGGCCUCAUGGGCCUGGUCACUUUCGUGGUCCUGUUAAUAUCUUACGCUGUGAUCUUAUACACCGUCAGGUCCUACUCUGCGGAAAAUCGCCGCAAAGCUCUGUCCACCUGCACUUCGCACGUCACCGUGGUCGUCCUCUUUUUCGCUCCGUUACUUUUCAUUUAUAUUAGACCUGCGACGACUCUGCCAGAAGACAAAGUGUUUGCUCUUUUUUACACCAUCAUUGCUCCCAUGCUCAACCCUCUGAUAUAUACACUAAGAAACACGGAGAUGAAAAAUGCUAUAAAGAAGCUAUGGUGCCGGAUCCUAGGAAUAAAGGUAGUCAGUUGA